AUGUUUAGAUUAACAGCAAGAUCAUUAACCAACUCACUCAAAGUAUCACAACCAAUUUUAAGAUCAACUACUUUGGUAAAUCCAAUACGUUUUUAUGUAUCACCACCUAUUACAAGAGAUGAAGUUAUUAAUAGAGCUUUUGAAGCCUUGAAAACUGUUGGAUCAAUUCAAGAAGCCAAUAUUUCAUUAGAUAGCUCAUUUCAAAAAGAUUUAGGAUUAGAUUCAUUAGAUACUGUUGAAGCCUUAGUUGCAUUAGAAGAAGAAUUUGAUUUAGAAAUUCCUGAUAAAAUCGCUGAUGAAAUUAAAACUGUUGGAGAAGCCGUUGAUUAUAUUUUAAAAGAAGAGACUAAAGAAUAA